AUGACCACAAUCCCCCACGACACAACACCCAACGCCAAGAUCCUCGUCCGCUCCGAACGCCGCAUAACCCCCUCCUGGACUCUGUCCGAACUCAAAACCCGCCUCGAACCAAUCACUGGCAUCCCCGCCUCCUCACAAUUCCUCCGCACUCUCAGCAUCGACGGACAAACCUGGAUCACACUCUCACCAGACAGUGCCCUCGCCGGCGACGCACGAUGGGGUCUAACGCGAAAUAGCGAGUUACAAGUCAUUGACCUUCGACCACCAGGGACACGCGAAAAUUUUAGCGACGUGAGUAAUGUUGAAAAAUACGUUAUGCCCGAGGAGCAGUAUGAGAAGCUCAAUGAUAGUGUUUUGGCAUGGAAGAAGCGGCAGCAUUUAGGGAGGUUUGAUCCGCAUGCCAAGCCGUUGGAGCUUUUAGUGAAGGAGAGGAAGGAGAAGGAUAUGAGGGUGGUGGAGGGGAAGAAUAUCGGGGUUGGGAUGAGGUGUCAGGUUGAUGGGAGUGAUGAGCGGAGGGGGGUGGUGAGGUAUGUGGGUGAGAUUGAAGGUUUGGGCGGUGACCGAGAGAAGGGAUGUGUUUGGGUUGGGGUGGAGUUUGAUGAGCCGGUGGGACGUAAUGAUGGGAGUGUGGAGGUUGAGGUUGUGACGGAGAGUGGGAAGAGAAGCAGGGAGAAGAGGCAAGUGUUUGAGACAAAAGGAGCCAAGUAUGGUGGGCUCGUGAGACCAGAAAAGAUCGAAGUUGGAGAUGUGUUCAUGGUACUCGAUGAUCUGGUGGAUAGCGAUAUGGAAGAGAUCUGA